GGAUUAUUUAUAAUUUUUUAAAAACCUUUUCGUUUACAGUCAAACAAGAAAGUUGCACACUUGGAUCUCUCAUCUGCCCAACAUCACCUGUGAAGUAUGUCGGGAAACCUACAGCGUGUGAUCGUCGCCGUCGAUGGCAGCGAGGAAAGCAUGAAAGCCUUGAGGUGGGCGCUUGAUAAUAUCAAGCUUCGAUCGCCUCCCUCCCAUGCCGAAGCCGGCUCAUUCGUCAUCCUACAUGUUCAAUCCCCGCCCUCCAUCGCUACCGGUCUCAAUCCCGGUGCCAUCCCCUUCGGCGGUCCCACUGAUUUGGAGGUGCCUGCAUUCACUGCGGCGAUUGAGGCGCAUCAGCGGCGCAUUACUGAGGCCAUACUUGAUCACGCUUUGAAGAUUUGUUCUGAUAAGAAUGUGAAUGUCAAAACCGAUGUGGUGAUUGGGGAUCCGAAGGAGAAGAUUUGUGAAGCUGCUGUGAAUUUGCAUGCUGAUCUGCUUGUCAUGGGGUCACGUGCUUUUGGACCCAUUAAAAGGAUGUUUUUGGGAAGUGUCAGCAACUAUUGCACCAACUAUGCACAAUGUCCUGUGAUGAUAGUUAAGGAUACUGCCUGACAAGCUAUAACUGGAUGCAGGAAUCAUGUGGAUCAGAUUGUUUUUCAGAAACACAAACCAUGAAAGAAAAGGUUUCAUGGAAAAUUCAGAAGGCUUAUCAACCUAAAAAAAUACAGACAGGCAUCCCUGAUACCAAAUUUAUUUGAUGUGUUAAUUAACAUUGAUUUUUAUGCAAAAUAAAACAUGGUCCACUGGGCUGGGUUUUGAAUAGGAUUGAAGCCUGCGUGUCUAACUACAUUGGAUGAGAUAUUGGUGAUGGUGAUGAUGGCCAAGAGGUGGUCAAUGGGUUGGGGUAGGUCCAUGAUUUGUAUCUCUCAAAUGUUCUUACAUAUUUUUUUUUUGUAAUGGUACUAAUAUAAUCUGCCAUUCAGGGUGUGUUUUUUUCCUAAAAUUCGGGAAAAUUGAGGGGGGUUGGUGUUUGCGGCGGUGGUGGUGAAUUGCAAAUCAUUGGAGUGGUUAUAAUGGUUUCACUUCUGACCACUGUGGGGGAAAAAAAAAAUCAUAUUCUUUAUCAUGAAAUGUAGUAGCUGGAGGUGAUAGCUUGAUUAUACAAGUACAGACUGGGUUAAGAGUUUUAAACCCCUGUUUGAAGAAGCCAUAUGAUAGACAUACUAUUGAUUCCUAGAAGAAACAAUUGUGACACGUACUUAAGUUGGGCCUCUAAUUCAUAGAUGAAUAGAUUUACGGGUUAGGCAAUCCUGACAACUGUUGCACAAGCUGCCAAGAAGCUCCAUUCAGAAAUCAUGCAACUAAACAGGGAAGUCGGGGAAGGCCUCGUGACUCUCUAGGUGCUCUCUAUCAUUGAGGAACUGAGUGUGAGAGCUUUGUCGUUGUUUAUGUCUUUUCCUUUUUUUCCGUCUAUGUCUGUCUCCGAUCCGUGAAACUAUUUAGUAUUUAAAUUACAUGUGUUUGGAUAUAUGGUCCUAAAUCAAUCUUGAACCAUUGGGCUGUUUGUGUGGAACACUCCGUGAAUAAGGCUAAAUUUGUGAAA